UACAGCUCCUAGAAAACAGUGCACAGAAAAACCUUUCUUUCGCUCCUUCGUGGAUUAGACCAAUCAGGAAGAAUCGCUGGCCUAGAAAAGUUUUACGCUUGGCCAAAUAACCGUUCAGCAAAACAAGGACGCUUCGCGCCCGGUACCCUAGCUGCCUGGGUGGCGGAGCCUGUCCAGCAGGCUGCCCAGUGCCAGGCGACGCCGCGGCGGCUGCGGAUCUGGGCCCGCCCGGAAGUGCCCGGCGCUGGAGGGAGGGAGAAGCUGGCGAGCCACCGCCGCGCGCACGCGCCCUGGCGCGCCGGGCUGGGGCUGGAGCCGUAACUCGGAAGCCGGAGCCCGGACGGGCCCGGGGCGGGGGGGUGGGGGGCUACGCGGGGGCGGGCGUGGUGGAGGUGGCCGCCCUGGCGGCGCGUUUGUUUAUCCCGGGGAAGAAGUUUAGGAGCGGGAGACAGGGAAGGAGGGCGGGCCGGGGAGGAGGGAUGCGGUUCGGCGGAGGCGGCCGCCACAGACUAGCCGCCAUCACCCCCACCGCCACAGCCGCGCAGGAGCCGUCGCCCUACUGCCCGCUGUCGCCCCGGACGCCCGGUUGUAUAGGUCACUUGUGGCAAAGGGCCAAUAGUGUAAAUUCCCUCCUCAGGAGGGCCCACCGCUCCGAGCGGUAAGGCCGUAGAGUUGGCUACAGCCUGCCCAGGCUGCCCAGAUGUGUCCAGUAAGGCCCUCCCGCGGGUAUGUGGUGGGCUGCUGGCAGGUGGCGCUGCUGCUACUUCAGCUUCUCCUGGGACCUGCUGAGCAUAAUGGCGUGCUUGGAUCAAAGGAAGGUAAAGUAAUCAACUGUGUAGGAUACUGCAUAUCUUAAAAGACUGCAAUAAAGUGGCAAUGUCUCAAGAAUCUACCCCACCUGUACCUGGAGAUAUGUCUAUUGGUCCUAUAGCAGAAAGCUGGUGUUAUACACAGGUUAAAGUAGUAAAAUUUUCCUACAUGUGGACCAUUAAUAACUUCAGUUUUUGUCGAGAGGAAAUGGGUGAAGUGUUAAAAAGUUCAACAUUUUCAUCUAGCCCAAAUGACAAAAUGAAAUGGUGCCUGAGGGUAAACCCAAAGGGAUUAGAUGAUGAAAGUAAGGACUACUUGUCCUUAUAUUUGCUUUUAGUCAGCUGCCCCAAAAGUGAAGUUCGAGCAAAAUUCAAAUUUUCCCUUCUGAAUGCUAAAAGGGAAGAAACAAAAGCAAUGGAAAGCCAAAGAGCAUAUCGAUUUGUGCAAGGGAAGGACUGGGGUUUUAAAAAAUUCAUUAGAAGGGAUUUUUUGCUUGAUGAAGCUAAUGGUCUUUUACCAGAUGACAAGCUUACAUUAUUUUGUGAGGUGAGUGUGGUCCAAGAUUCAGUUAAUAUAUCAGGAUAUACUAAUACAAAUACUUUGAAGGUGCCUGAAUGUCGACUAGCAGAAGAUUUAGGUAAUCUCUGGGAAAACACAAGAUUCACAGAUUGCAGUUUUUUUGUGAGAGGACAUGAAUUUCAAGCUCAUAAAUCUGUGCUUGCAGCACGAUCCCCGGUUUUUAAUGCAAUGUUUGAACAUGAAAUGGAAGAAAGCAAAAAGAAUCGAGUGGAAAUAAAUGACUUAGACCCUGAGGUUUUUAAAGAAAUGAUGAGAUUCAUUUACACAGGGAAAGCACCAAACCUUGAUAAAAUGGCUGACAACUUGUUGGCAGCUGCAGACAAAUAUGCACUGGAACGGCUGAAAGUCAUGUGUGAAGAAGCUUUGUGUAGUAACCUCUCAGUAGAAAAUGUUGCUGAUACCCUUGUCCUUGCAGAUUUGCACAGUGCGGAACAAUUGAAAGCACAAACCAUAGAUUUUAUUAAUAGGUGCAGUGUACUUCGACAACUUGGGUGUAAAGAUGGGAAAAACUGGAACAGCAGCCAAGCAACCGACAUAAUGGAAACAUCAGGAUGGAAGUCCAUGAUUCAGUCUCACCCUCACUUAGUAGCAGAAGCCUUCCGAGCGCUAGCAUCUUCACAGUGUCCACAGUUCGGCAUUCCACGCAAACGACUAAAACAGUCCUGAAUCUUCCAUGAAUAGUAGAAAAGUGGAAUUAACUUGUACUCCUCCAGGUCCAGAAGGAUUCUAAUAUACAAACCAUAAACAAGAGUUGUUUCUGUUAUUUUGUCCACAGAACAGAAGCUGAAAAAUCAUAUUGCUUACAUUUCAGGUGGAUAAUUUAUGGUUUAUUCUUCAGCUUUAAAUUAGACUGAUUAAUUCACUUCAAGGCCUUAAAUUAUCUUUGAUGACUUCUCUUGUUCAUAUAAUACUUUAAUUUUUUUAUUGUGCCUUGUCAUUUUGACCAAGGCUAUGCAGGAUUGCACUAGCUCCAUAAUGCAGUAAUAUUGAUAACUGAAGAUAAGUUUCAAAAGGAUCUUCCAUUAUUUUGAGAAAGAAAAAUGAAUUUUAUGGGGUUUGUCCUAUGCUAUCUCAAAGUUUAAAACUAGGAUCUCCUUAAAAGCACUUGUUGGAGAUGACUGGUAAUAUUUAGUCUAAGUAUCUAUAAACAUAGGAGAACCUGCUUACCUACAAGGUAAGUUAUGGCAAUACACUGCUUCAGUUCUAAUUUAUUUUUCAUUUCAGGGGGCAAAUAUGCAAUGAAUUGGCCCAAGUUUUUAGUAAAAUUUGUGAUGUUUGUGUGUAUGUUAACUGUCUAACAAACUGUGGGUUUACUCAAGUUUACAAUGAUUGAGAACUGAUUGAGAUUUUGACUUCAUGAAGAAAGCAUGUAUUAUAUGGAAGUAAUUUUUUUUAAUUUAUAUUGACUUACAUUUAUAUGAAGAAUUCUGUUAAAAGUAGGAUGACCAAAUGUAAAUUUAAUGAGUGGGCCAAUUAAGAAAGAUAUAUAUGCACUUUUUAUGUGUAACUUUUGUAUGUUGAAUGGUACAUAUAUUUUUUUGCUUUUGAGGGAAUUAAUAAGGUAUAAUUGUGUCUUAACUUUUGAAAGAAUUUUUUAAGAUAGAUGGAGGCAACUGGGAUGUUUGUGAUAAUCGAUAAGAGAGAUAUCCUUGAUUAUAGUGGAGUACAGAUACUCAUUACUGAAUAUAAACCUGUUUUAUCACACUUUGGAAAAGGCAUCUGAACAGUAAAUGAAUUCUGUAUAGUUUACUAUCCUUCAAACAAUGAACUGAUACCAUUCACCUGUGGGAGAUAUAUACUAAAGGAGAGAACUCCUAGACUAUGUCAGUCCACACUAUGAACCCGCCCCCCCCCCAAGUUUUUCUCCUUUGUGUUUUAGUUAUUGUAGUAACAUUGUGGAUGAUGUUGAAUUCUGCAUAAUGUGAACAGGAUAAACUAUUUAUAAACUGCUUUUCAUGGGCCAGUUCUUUAUUAUAAAUGAAUUUUAGCUUUAAAUACAUAAACAUAUUCAGUGUUUGAUAGUUGUUUCUCAUGGAAGUCUGUUCUGGUGCAUUAUCCCAGAGAAGCAGGAGUGAUCAUUAUCAGGGCACCACAUCUGACUUACUAUGAUAGGGACAACAUGUUUCUUAGGCAACAUUUAUAUUUGACCACAAGGGAAGAAGUGGGUCACUGGAGAAAAAUCCAUAUACUGUAAACUUGAACACAUAACUUUAUUCUCCAGACUAAAACUUAUAUAAUUUGUUUAUUUAAUUUUGGAAUUCAGGACAAAAGGAAAAAAAAUGAAGCUUGAGGUUUUCAAAUAGAUUUUAUUUUUGCUAUCUUUUUUUAGGUGUUAACCGAAGCAACCCUAAUAUAUCAAAACUGAUUCAUAUUUGCAUUGAACAAACACUGUUAGAUAAACAUCCGCAGCAAACUGGAAGUUGAAACAAUGAUAUUUUCAGAUAUCUUGAUUUCUUUGAGUCACUGUUAUGGUAACUUAAAUUUGAAAAAGGAGGAAUCCCUUAGGAUAGAAGAAAGAUUCUUACCAGAUUAUGGACUUCAUCUGAUGUAAGAGUGUUAUAUGAAGUAGAAAUUUGACUUCUUUAGCUCCACCAUAAGAUUGAGCCUGUUGAGUUUACAAUGUACAAUUUAAAAAAAUACAUAUACAUGUAUAUACACUUUUAACUUAAGAUUUUGCCUUGUAAGGGUCUUACAAGAAAACAAAAAUUCCCUCAGGCUAUAGAAUUAUGUUUGUCAGAUGUCAAAAAGGUAUUAUUGUAUCCAUGUAUAUCAAAUGCACACCAUACCGGCACAUUGUGAAUUAAUUCACUGCUUGAAUCUACAUUUCUAACAUAGUGACUGCAGUAAUACCAUAUAAUGAGCAUUUCAGCUUGUUCUUAUUUACUGUAGUGUUUAUUGCAGAUCUUAAAGAUUUUAUUAUAAUUUUUUUUUUUUUAGUUUGGUAGCACAUUUUGACCAAAAAUGUCCAACACUGUGCUAUAAGAAUUCCAUGUUUGUAGAAAUGUCCACUUCUCAGAUAAUAUGCCUACCAUUAUACUAACAAAAUCAUAUGGUAGUUGAUUUAUUUUUUUAUUUAUUAUGUAAAUUUUUGGUAUUGCGGGUUCUUAAAGCAAUGAUAAAAAAACUUAAUUUGUUCUGACAUUAACGCUCUAAUAGUCCCUCUUCCUGCCAUUUUUAAAACUACAUACAUUGUUUUCAAAAUGGACACAGAUUCUGUCCAGCCUUUUAAACUGUCACCUUGUCCCUGUUUCCCCUUUGUCACCUAAACAGUACUUUUCCAUAGAAAGUAGUGAAUGGUUUUAAACAUUAAAUAUUCUAAAAAUAAUCAUUGGAUAACUUUUCUUUAGAGUAAGAUUUAGAAACACUAUAUUUGUGCCUUUUUCAUUUUUAAAUUUUAAUGUUGAGCACAAAUAUGAAGGUGCCAUGAUAUGGCUUGCCAAUGUUACCUCCUUGAAUAGUCAUGUGUCAUUGUCUAGAAACGGCAAUUGGAGAACCUUGCAUGAAUUACAUGGUCAGCGUGUGUGUAUGUGUGUGUGUGUGUGUAUUUGUAUACCAGUAUUCACUUGGGCUUUGUGUUAUGUUCAAAAGAGUGAAUUUCUGAAAAUAGGAACCAGUUAAAUGUUGAAAAUUUAGAUUAGUUGAAAUACUUCAUUUUAAUGUGCUUAUUAUGGGGGAUAAUUAAUUGAUGGAUGAAAUAAUUCUCAAAACUAUGAUUAGUUUACUGCACGAUGAAAUGUGAAAACAGUGCCCUUUUGGACAUCAGAUUAGUUUACUGCACGAUGAAAUGUGAAAACAGUGCCUUUUUUGGACAUCAGUUGUAAUAAAAUUAAAAUAUUAACAAAAAUCUCAUAAAAAGUUGUCAUAAACACUAUCGAUUGUUUUUAAAACUAGUAGAUCUAACUAAAAGCUUAAAUAGCCAAAAGUAUAAUUGUUAUGUUACUCAUUUAAAUUUUAUGUAUAAAUUUAAAAUCUAAGCAGACAUUCUUUGUAAACUUGUGGAUCAUAGAUAUUAUCCAGUGUUACUAAAAUGGAAUGGGGACUUUGAUAAGUUAAGGUUUAUGAAAUUUCAACUCAACAAGCUUCAGUCAUAGCCAACUAUAUUUAAAGAAGUGAAUUAUUCUGACUUGGACAUGCAUGUUCUUUGAUGGAAAAAAUAUUCAACGCAUUCUUGCAAAAGAAGGUGGGUGGGUGAGUGGUUUGUUUUAGUGUGCUCAUAUUAUAAAUAUAGCACUUUCAGCGCACAUAAGAGUAUUUUACAAACCUUUUUUAUAGCAAUUACAAGCUCUGCUUUAUUUAAGUGUUCAUGGAAUAAUGUAUAUUUUAGGUCCAGUUGAAAAAUAUCGAGUGCCUACCAUAUGCAAGACUUCCUCUUCACUGGGAAUGAAAUCACACGGUGUCUUCUGUUUGCAGUAUGUGAACUUUGUGUUUGAAAAGGCAUUCUUGUAUUUAAAUCUUUUUCUGUUGUUAAUCAUUGUAUAUUGCAACCUAAGAAAUUUUGAAUUAAGUUUUUAAAGAAUGAGGAAAUAAAGUCCCAUUUUUGAAAAUAAAAUUCUGCAAAAAUUAUUUAAAAAUUAAAUCUGCGGGAAAUUGAUUUUCAAGAUUCAAAUGUAUAAAAACUUAUACUGAGCUUUUCAGCCUCAUUUUUAAGCAGCUGAUGUUAAUGAUGAGAUACAUACUACUUGGAUCUUGUUGCUGAAAAUAUUUUUUGCAUUUGAACACAUUGAGUUAAAAUAAAGUUGUUACUUAUUCAAAAUU